AAUCCCAAUACGAGAAGGCUCUCGAGGAUGCCAACAAGGCUACGGAUCUCAAGGCGGACUGGUCGAAGGGAUGGCUCCGCAAGGGUGCCGCUUACCGUGGUCUAGGCGACCUCUGUAAUGGCUGCCCACGAUGCGUACGAAGAGGCCCUCAAGCUCGAGCCUACCAACGAACAGGCCAAGACCGGUUUCAAUGCUGUCAAGAGGGCUAUCGAGGCCGAGGCCACGGCCGACGGUGUCACUGGUGACCCUAUGGGAGGCCUCGGUGGUAUCUUCAACGACCCUCAGAUGUAUCAGAAGCUGGCCAGCAACCCCAAGACCUCCCCGCUCUUGGCCGACGCCGACUUCAUGCUCUGCCGGUGCUGCCCCCGAGGCUGAGGAGGAUGUGCCCAUGCCUGAUGCUCGCCCUGCCGCUGCUGAGAAGAAGGAACCUGAACCGGCACCCGAGCCCGAGGCUGAGCCCGAGGACGAGGAGGCGAUCGCCAAGAAGAAGGCCCAGGAAGCUGCUGACGCCGAGAAGAAGAUUGGUAACGACUUCUACAAGAAGAAGCAGUUCGAUGAGGCUAUCGAGCACUACAACAAGGCCUGGGAGCUGCACAAGGAUAUUACGUACCUCAACAACCUUGGUGCUGCCAAGUUCGAGAAGGGUGACCUCCAGGGCGCCAUCGAGACCUGCCAGAAGGCCGUCGAGGAGGGCCGUGAGCUUCGUGCUGACUUCAAGGCUCUUGCCAAGGCUUUCGGAAGAAUCGGUACUGCACACGAGAAGCUGGGCGACCUUGCCCAGGCCAUCGAGUACUACCACAAGUCGCUCACUGAGCACCGCACACCCGAUGUCCUGACUAAGCUGCGCAACGCCGAGAAGGCCAAGGCCAAGGCCGAGAAGGAGGCCUACGUUGACCCCGCCGAGGCCGAGAAGGCCCGUGAACUGGGACAGAAGAAGUUCCAGGAGGCUGACUGGCCUGGUGCCGUCGAGGCCUUCUCCGAGAUGGUCAAGCGGGCGCCCGAGGACCCCCGCGGUUACUCCAACCGGGCUGCCGCCCUCAUCAAGCUGAUGGCCUUCCCUCAGGCCGUUCAGGACUGCGAUGAGGCCACCAAGCGUGACCCCAAGUUCAUCCGCGCCUACAUGCGCAAGGCCCAGGCCUUGAUCGCCAUGAAGGAGUACAACAAGGCUCUGGAUGCCUGCACGGAAGCUUCCGAGCACGACGAUGGCACCCACGCUCGCGAGAUCGACCAGCAGCAGCAGAAGUGCCUGGAGGCUCAGUUCAGCGCCCGUGCCGGCGAGACCGAGCAGCAGACCAUGGAGAGAAUCCAGAACGACCCCGAGAUCAUGUCCAUCCUCCAAGACCCUGUCAUGCAGAGCAUUCUGCAACAGGCCAAGAGCGACCCUGCCGCUCUGCAGGAGCACAUGAAGAACGCCCAGGUGCGGAUGAAGAUCCAGAAGCUGAUGGCUGCUGGUGUCAUUCGCCUCGGACGGUGAGGAGCGAGCAGUAUAAAUGAAAGCCCACACAUUCCUAGUAAUGCAAAUGAAGAA